AUCCGGUCGAGUAGACACCAGAGCGACUCCAAGUUUGGCCCACGUUGACGUUAGUUUCCGAAAAGCUCAAUUUCCCUUAUAAAAUCCCAUGUAUCGCCAUUGAAGAAUCUCACACUUCCCCAACAUCCAUUUCUGGACAAGGAGGAGACGACUGUUGGAUUUUGCCCAUACUUAACUUCUCUUCUUCUUUCUCGCUGUAUAAUAGGAUUCUUCUUACAAAACAUUAACUUUAAUGGCUCAAAUUACACUUGUUGCCGCUCUCUGUGUUCUUGUUCUGUCACAUUCCUUCUUACCGGGAGUGAAAGGAACAACCUUUACCAUAGUAAACAAAUGCGAUUAUGUGGUAUGGCCUGGAAUUCUCUCGAACGCCGGCGUUCUGACGCUCCCCACGACGGGUUUUACUCUCGAAAGAGGCGAAACCAAAACCAUUAACGCGCCGACAUCAUGGGGCGGUCGUUUUUGGGGAAGAACCCAUUGUUCCCAAGAUUCCUCCGGUAAAUUUUCAUGUCUUACCGGCGAUUGUGGAUCCGGGAAGCUUGAAUGUUCGGGGAACGGCGCUGCUCCGCCUGCCACUUUGGCCGAAUUUACUUUGGACGGCGCCGAUGGUCUUGAUUUCUUCGAUGUCAGUUUGGUCGACGGUUACAACAUUCCUUUGUUGGUGGUUCCCCACGGCGGCACGGGGCAAAACUGUACCUACACCGGCUGCGUAGGGGAUCUCAAUGACUCGUGUCCAUCGGAGCUUAAGGUAAUGAACAUAGAAAACGGAGCAGGCAGCGUCGCAUGCAAGAGCGCUUGCGAGGCCUUCCGCCAGCCUCAGUACUGUUGCAGCGGCGCGUAUGGAACACCCGAUACCUGCAAACCGUCUUCGUACUCGGAGGUGUUUAAGAGAGCUUGCCCACGCGCCUACAGUUACGCCUAUGAUGAUAAAACCAGUACCUUCACAUGCGCUAAAGCUGAUUACACGAUUACUUUAUGUCCUUCGCCCAACACUAGCCAGAAAUCAUCAGAAGGGCAGAACACGGAAACAAGUGCAGCGACGACUUCACCUCUAAUAUUCAACAGCACAAUGGUGUACGAAGGUGCGUUCGAGGGAAGCGCGGCAUCAUCGUGCAUAUUCGGCCACGCGGUUGUAGGAGUCAUCGGAAUCACAAUGGCGAUGCGUUGGGUCUUCUAAGUUUAUGUGUAGGAUAGGGACCAUGAGAUAGAGCCCAAGGACAGGCUAGACCUAGGCCUCAGCUAACGCUAUCCCGUUGCGGAUGUGGAUGUCCGUAUCAUCAUGGGCCAUGGCCCACGUUGAUCUGGCUAUUACGUCGGUUGAGUUUGAAGUAAAAAACAUACGGUUGAAGAGGCUCUUAGUUUUAAGAAAUAUGUUCUAGCUUCUCUUUUUAGGUUGAUAAACAUAGGAGGGAUGGGAUUGGGAUUCAUUUCAUUGCAGGUUUUUUACUUUUCUCUAAUAUAUAAAUUAUUUACUAAUAUUUAAUAAAAUAAUUAUUUUAG